AUGCCACAGAGCAAAGAGGUGUCGGAUCAUGGGCAACAUAUCUUCCAUGGCCCGCGCCUCAACGGCGUUGGAUUCUUAUGUCGCUGAACUUGGGAAUGAAAUCUCUUAUGAUAAGAGUUUGACCUCCUCUCGGUUUCUGAAGACCAUCCUGGCAAGACAUGCCAAUGGUCCUCUUGUCUUGAAGAUCUUCAUAAAACCUGAUGCGGCCAUGUCACUUCGAGUCAUACAGCGUCGAUUGAAGAACGAGAGGGACGCACUUUUUGAUCUUCCCAGUUGUAAUAGCUACCAAGCUUUUGUAGAGACGGAAAAGGCAGGGUAUCUCAUCCGCCAAUGGAUCGGCUCCAACCUAUAUGACCGUGUCAGCACACAACCGUACCUUGCACCUAUCGAGAAAAAAUGGAUAGCUUUCCAACUACUCAUAGCUCUUCGAGAUGCCAGACUCCGUAAGGUUGCUCAUGGAGAUAUCAAAUCAGAGAAUGUACUCGUCACUUCUGAUCUCACCGUGCUCGUCACAGAUUUUUCCAGUUCUUUCAAACCCACUUUCUUACCUUUGGACGAUCCAUCUGAUUUCUCUUUCUUCUUCGAUACGUCCGCUCGACGUACCUGCUACAUUGCUCCCGAACGAUUUUACGAAAGUGGAUCUCGUCUUGCCGAGGAAAAGCGAGCAGCAGCCGUGGCUGGCAAAGAUUACGGCGAGGGUUGGGGUAAACGGGAUGGACGAGUGACGGAAGAUAUGGAUGUUUUUAGCUGUGGUUGUGUCUUAGCUGAGAUGUGGACGGAUGGAAGAACAGUGUUCAACCUUAGCGAGUUAUAUGCAUACAAGGAAGGCACUAUAGGGCUUGAUGGAAUUCUGGAUAACAUAGAAGAUCACAAUGUAAAGGCAAUGAUAAGGCAAAUGCUCUCAAGAGAUCCACGAGAUCGGCCCUCCUUCGACCAUAUCUUGUCAGACUACAGAGGUCUAAUCUUCCCAGAAUAUCUCUAUACUUUUCUUAGAGAGUAUGUCUCCUCCUUAACUGAGGUACCCGAGAAUACGGGUCAAGGAUUCCUACAAUCACUGGCUACUGAACCGGGCAACAAGAUAGAUCGAAUGUCGGAAGAAUGGGAGUCUCUCUCCGUCCAUCUGGAAAGCACAAGCUAUGAUUCAGAUGGUCCAGCUUUGUUAAUACUCAACAUCGUCACUUCUUCCAUUCGUAAUUGUCUCUGGCCAUCAUCUAGACUCAACGGUCUUCAUCUCUUCCUCCGCCUCAUGCCCUUUUUACAGGAUGAGGACAAGGUCGAUCGUAUCAUUCCUUUCGCCGUCGAACUGCUCUCCGAUGACGUGGCUAUCGUUCGAGCCGAAGCAUGUCGCACAAUUGUCAAAGUCAUCGAUUCCGUCACUUCUAUUACUCUACAAAAUGCCACUUUUAUCCCUGAAUACCUGUUGCCCAACAUGCGUCAUCUCGCCAUCGAUUCCGAUGUGUUCGUCCGUUCCACAUAUUCCAAGGCACUAGUGCGCUUGGCAAGCGCUGCCAUGCGAAUGCUUGAGCUUGGUCAGUCGAUGAAAUUGAGUCACCCAGCCUCGGACUCGUCGAUCACUGGCGACCCGGACUAUGACUCGAUGAUCACGGACAUACAGUCUAUCGUGGAAGAACAAGCCAUCACUCUCCUCGUCGACCCAGCUUCCAGCGUCAAACGAUCAAUGCUUUCGUCCAUUGCCGAUCUCUGCUUGUUCUUCGGUAGACAGAAAUCGAGCGAAGCCGUGUUGAGCCACAUCAUGACCUAUCUCAAUGACCGUGAUUGGCACCUCCGUUUGGGAUUUUUUGACUGUAUCGUAGGUGUCGGGGCUUUCAUCGGAAUACGGGCCAUAGAGGAGUAUGUUUUACCUUUGAUGUCGCAAGCUCUAGCUGAUCCUGAAGAGGCAGUAGUGACUGCAGUCAUCGUCUCUCUCACCAGUUUGAGUUCCCUGGGUUUACUCACUAGAGUAAAGCUCUGGGAUAUCUGCGGCACAAUCCGGGGUUUUUUGGUUCACCCGAAUGCCUGGAUACGGCAAGGUACCGUGGGCUUCAUAGCGGCUGCUGCACGCAACCUACCUCCUUCAGAUGUGUGGUAUAUGUUUUACCCUGCCGUGAGGACAAUGCUUCAGACCGAUGUUCUUGAGCUCGACGUCGAGUCCAUCUUGGCCGCUCUCGUACCCCCAUUAUCACGCGCCUCGCUUCAAGCGGCUAGGCAUGCUGCAUUGCAUGGUUCUACUCCGGGACUUACGGACAGCUUGUCUACGAAGAGCAGUGGCAAAUCUAAUAAGAAGGCUGAAGUGUUGACUCUGAAGGAUAGGUCCAUCCCACUCGCAGACCAAGAAAAGAUUCGCGCUAUGAGUGAUUUCCUUGUCAAACAGGCCCGGGCAGCUCAAGCACGAGAAUCAGUAACCCAAGAUUCUCCUCCUGAGACUGCUCUCACGGCAUCCGAAUCCAUCUCCCUCACCGAACUAGGCCUUACCUUACAAACCGUCUUCAUUAGUCCACGCACUGUUGGCGUGGAUGCCAAGUCCGACUUGAAACGUCUACGACCUUUGCUCGCCGAUACAACCAGUGCGCGAACUUCUUUUGUGAGCCGUAGUAAUCGUGCGGGGGAAAAUCCUUUGGAUGAAAUUCGAAAACGUCUUGCUUCCCUUGAACCUCCUUCACGUGUACCAGAAUCAGUUCUCUCCACACCCAGUAUGCCCGCUCCUGAACCUAGUCCAUCGGAAUCUACGCUGUCCUCCACAUUGGACCUCACUAUCAUGCCACGGACAUCCCGAAAGAAAGCGGAUACAAAGGCAGCAGCUGCCGUCGCUGCUGUACACACGACAGCCGUAGGCACUACCUCGAUUCAUGACGAUCCUCUUACUAUCACCUCUGGACGAAGUACUCCGACUAUCGGAGCCCAACCAAUGGUACCGCGAGAUGCCAUAGGACCGUACGCCAGCUCCUAUGAAGGUCACGACCCCGGAGUCAAAGCCUUCCUCGAGCAGAUCGAUCUGGACAAUUAUCGUCAGCCCCUAUUAGAUUUCGGUCCUCGAAUAGCGUCUGGUAGUCGACGACGCACACGUGCCAAGUCAACCACCUCACAAGGCGUCACCAUGAUCGCACAUCUUACACAACAUAUAGGAACGAUCACCAGUAUUGUUACUUCACCAGACCAUGUCUUCUUCGCGACGGCAUCAGAGGAUUCACAAAUCUUGAUUUGGGACUCUGCGAGGUUGGAACGACAUGUCAGUGCCAAACCACGUUUGGCAUAUAAGAUGGACGCCCCUGUCUCGGCCAUGUGUAGAAUUGAGAACACCCAUUGCUUGGCAGCGGCGGCAGAAGAUGGUCAGUUGCAUGUACUUAGGGUGCAUGUAGCACAUUCCGCCGGCUCCACGAAAUAUGGAAAGAUUGAAUGUGUUCGGACUUGGAGAGGUGAUGAUAGCGAUGGGUUCGUCACUCAUAUCGCCCACAUACAAGAUUCAUCCUUACUGUUGGUCACUUCCACCUCCUUUUUGGCCCGUUUGGACAUUCGCACCAUGGAAAUCACCACACGUCUCCAACAUCCCCUUCAAUUCGGUGCCAUCUCCGCCAUCUGUCCCUUGCAGCAUUAUAUCGUACUCGGUACCAUGUCUGGUAUCCUCUCAUUGUGGGAUCUGCGUUUUGGACUCUUGAUCAAAUCAUGGCCUUCUUCUGGCUCAGUCCAGUCUAUGGCGAUUCAUCCAUCUAAAGGCGGUGGUAAAUGGAUUAUGGUCUCGUGCUCUCGUAACAAAACGGACGAACCCAUCGUGGAGACGCAUGACCUCGAGACGUGCAAAGUGGUUGAAGUGUAUCAAGUACGGAAUUCCAAGCAAGCACCUGUCAACUCUCCCAGGGAGACCUCAGAAGAAUGGAGAGUACCUAACAAGACGGAGCUAGUGUCGACUUUGGCGCAAAGUGAUACGCCCUUUGGAACAGGCGAGUGGGACGAAGAGAAGCCGUCUCAAGUGUUGGCAUUGUUAGCUGGUCAAGGGAUGGUCGGUCUGCCUGCAAGGGACGAAGAUGGUUUACCUGUUCCUUCGGGGAAUAUGGGAUAUUUAGUCACGGCUGGUGACGAUAGGAUUGUGAGGUAUUGGGAUUUACUUCGCCCCAACGAAGGUUUUGUGAUUUGUGGAUCAGCAAAGGAGAAAGAGGCCUUGUUCAAACAAGUGACACAUACACCUGCACCAGCAAUAUAUUUCACACAUCCUAGCUCGAAUCGUCAGCCAUCCGAUCGGCAUGCUGUCCUUACCCAUCGUCAGCCUCUUCGUCCUCACUACGAUGCCAUUUGCGCUCUAGGAGCUGUCGAAACGUCUUUCUCUAGUUGUGUCAUCACUGGUGACAGAAGUGGUCUGAUCAAAGUCUGGCGUUUGGAAGGAGGACCAAAGACGUGAGACGGUGUUCCAUAUGAUUACAAUUCAUCUUACACUCGAUAUCUCAUCGGAUCAUCAUCAUCAUUUUUCUUCUUUGUUGUACAACUCAUCUCAUCGGGUUUUGAUGCAUCAUGGUAUUCAC